AAGGAGAAAAAAGUUGCACGUGGAGCGCAGGAACGUUAUAGAUACAUUUUCUGUAAAAUAAAAGUGAACAAGUCCACUUUGGUCGGUGCAGUAAAUUUCUUAAAAAGCACAAGUUAUUUACCACGAUGUUCCUGCAGUUCUAUUUGAACGAGAAUGGGGAGAGAGUUUACACACUGAAGAAGGUGGAUCUAUUGGGCCAGCCCACCAGCUCUGCCCAUCCUGCCCGCUUCUCGCCUGAUGACAAGUUCUCCAGGCACCGGGUGACCCUGAAGAAACGCUUCGGCCUCCUCCUGACCCAGCAGCCUAGACCCAUCCUGUGAUUGGAGCAUGGAACAACACUUUCCCAAUAACUUAUGGCUGACCCAAACCGUAGGCCCACUGCAUUGGCUUGGAUAAAAACAAAUCACAUUGUCCUUUCCAGCUUGCUGUGAUAUGUAACCAGUACAGCUCAGCUUUGUCCUGUAUGUGUGAAUCAGGCUUUGAUUUACAAUCAAUUGAUUUGAAAGAGGCUCACUCCUCCCAUUGUUUGACAGACAUGGGACAAAGGGGUGCAGAUGGCUAUUGUUUGUUGACAUCUGUUUAGGAUGUAUGCCUUGGAGCUAGCCUGAGAUAUCUGCUGUUUGAUCUGCUAGAAUGUAUUUUUAAAUGUAGUUAGUUUUAUUUCUGUCUUGUUUACAGAACACUUCUAAUUUUGGACAUCGAAUUCUGCAUUGUGAUUCUCUUGUAAUCUGUAAUAUUGUCAAUAUGUUCUAAAGAUGUUUUGGAGAUGGAGAAUAAAUGAAAUGUGGAAAGUACAUUGAGUUCUACUA